AUGAGUGUACGGCCUGUUGAUCUCGCCGCCUAUGGCAAUAGCCCAUUGCUGGCAAAAAUUUAUGAUCGAAAUGGUCGCAAACGUCGUCAUGUACGAUUUAUUGUAGCGGAUGCGAAACUAGAAGCAGAGUACAUUUGGCGUUUUCUGGGGCAGCUCAGUACGUUGGAGGAAAGCCGUCUGUGCGAGCUGAAAUACGGGCUGCAAGAUACACUGAAGGUGUGUGUUUUCCUGCCAAAUUAA